AGCUAAGCCAUGCACACCAUAUUCAAACACAAAAGCUCGUAUAGCUCUAGUCUCCCAAAUCGCCCAUAUUUCAUACACAUUUCUUGAUCAAAAGCCAUCCAAAAAUGCCAAUUCGAUUUCACUCAACACUUUUCUUGGUGCUUUAUCUCUCUCCAAUCAUAUUUGGUUACUCUCCAAAUGAUGUGAAAACAUGGUGUAGCCAAACUCCUCACCCAAAACUAUGUGAGGAUUUUCUGAGCCAUAACCCAACUACAACCCCCAUCAAAGAAAAAUCCCAAUUCUUCAAGAUAUCAACCCAACUAGCCCUAGACCGUGCCAUCCAUGCUCAAACCAACAUGCACUCACUUGGCUCAAAGUUCCAAAAUGCACACGAAAAAACUGCAUGGGCUGAUUGCCUUGAGCUCUUUGAUUUCACAAUCCAAAAGCUCAACAAAACCGUAAAUCCCAGCACCAAGUGCACCCAAUAUGACAAACAAACAUGGCUGAGCACAGCUCUCACAAACCUAGAGACAUGUCGAGAAGGGUUUGCAGACCUUGGGGUCUCAAAUAAUUAUAUCUUCCCUUCAGUGUCAAAUAAUGUUUCUAAUUUGAUUAGCAACACUUUGGCCAUAAACAAAGCUCCAUAUACUUCUCAGCCAAACCACAAAAAUGGUUUCCCAACUUGGGUGAAGCCUGGUGAUCGAAAGCUCUUGCAGUCGUCUUCCCCGACGGCUGAUGUUGUGGUGGCCAAAGAUGGGUCUGGGAAUUACAAGACCAUAAGUGAGGCAGUAAGUGCAGCGUCAAAGAGAAAAAGUAGUGCAAGGUAUGUGAUAUAUGUGAAGGCAGGGACAUAUAAGGAAAAUGUUCAGAUAAAGUCGAAGAAUAUUAUGUUGAGGGGAGAUGGUAUAGGGAAGACUAUUAUCACAGGAAGCAAAAGUGUUGGUGGGGGUUCUACAACCUUCAAUUCGGCUACAGUUGCUGUGGUUGGAGAUGGGUUCAUUGCCCAGGACAUUACAUUCCAAAACACUGCCGGUCCAACAAGCGGCCAAGCCGUGGCACUCCGGUCCGGUUCAGAUCUCUCUGUUUUUUACAAAUGUGGCUUUGAGGGGAACCAAGACACCCUCUAUGUGUACUCUGACAGACAAUUCUAUAGGGAAUGUGACAUCUAUGGAACUGUUGACUUUAUUUUCGGCAAUGCUGCUGUGGUUUUCCAAAACUGUAACAUUUAUGUUCACAACCACAAAACCAACACCGUCACUGCACAGGGCCGGUCCGAUCCAAACCAAAAUACAGGAAUUUCUAUUCACAAUUGUAGAGUUACAGCUGCUUCGGAUUUAAAAUCGGUUCAAAGUUCGGUUAAAACAUACCUAGGGAGGCCAUGGAGAGAGUAUUCUCGAACCGUGUUCAUGAAGACAUACCUUGAUAGCUUAAUUGACCCAGCUGGUUGGAUGGAAUGGAGUGGUAACUUUGCCUUGAAGACUUUGUAUUAUGGUGAGUACAUGAACACAGGCCCUGGUUCAUCCACUUCAAAUAGGGUGAAAUGGGCAGGUUACCAUGUCAUUACAAGUGCCUCGGAGGCUUCCAAAUUUACUGUUGGGAACUUCAUUGCGGGUAAUUCUUGGUUGCCAGCCACCAAUGUGCCUUUCACCUCUGGUCUGUGAUUAUACUGUUAUUUUUUGGAACAUAAAUAAAUUGAUUGUUGGCCCCCAAAAAAUGAGGAAUUAAUUUAGGGCAUUCAAUGGUUAGGUUACGAUUGUGCUUUCUUAUUUAAUUAUUAAUAUGGAAUUGUAUCAAUGACUCAAUUGUCAUUCUUUGUGAAUUUGUUUUAUAAGAAUUUAUAAUUGUUAAGGUUCUUCUCA